AUGGCUUUCAGCUUCGGCUUUUCUGGGGAUGACAUUGACAUGGAUGAUUCCGAGGUCAAUGAUGGUGUGCCGGAGAUAGUGCCUUCAAGGGGUACUACAAAUUCGCUUCCCGAGCUGGUGAAGGCCUGCAGGCAUGACAUCGACGAGUGGCUCUCAAUACUUCCAUCACAAAUUUAUUACAAUCGGCUUCCAAUUGGCAAUCCGCCCAUUGUCAUUGCGCGUCGCGAGAUCUUCGACAUUCGCACUCAAUUAAUGGCUGAAGACAAUGAGAAGUACGACAAUGCCGAACUGAUCGCCGGUCUCGAAGAAGGUGACCUGAAGCCACAAUUUUACGAAGGCGGCUUCAAAACGUGGGAAUGUGCCCUCGACCUUGCCAAAUUGGUCAGCGAAGAUAACGAGAUGAUUGAAUCACUUAAUGAUUCCCAAACGACAGUUCAUCUUAUCGAGCUCGGCGCGGGUACUGCAGUACCCUCGUUGACACUUUUUGCCCAUAUCCUGGCGCAAACAAGCCCAACUGAGAACAUCGCCACAGUUCGGCCCAAGGCGCACUUCACCUUUGCAGAUUACAACGAUGCAGUGCUUCGCCUUGUCACGCUUCCCAAUCUGAUCUUAACGUGGCAGAACAGCCGCCAGCAGAUUCUGGUAGAGGAGAAUCCGGCGCAGACCUCUUCCCGCUCGGAGCAAGACGAGGAAUUGGAUAUCACGCCCGAGCUUGUGGCCGAGUUCAGGAACGAUCUUGCUCAGCGCGGCAUUACCAUUGAUCUCAUCUCCGGUGCCUGGUCCCCUGAAUUUGUCGACUUGGUGUUUUCUCAACCUGGUCUUGGGAAUUGUAAGACGUUGGUACUUGCCAGCGAAACAAUCUAUUCACCGGCAACAUUGCUGCCAUUUUCGGAGACUCUUGUGGCGUUGCUGCGCCGCUCGGGGACGCAAGCGAAUAGAACCCGUGCUUUGAUUGCGGCCAAAAAAGUCUACUUUGGAGUCGGGGGAGGCGUUGACGAAUUCCUUGCAGUACUCAAGAGCGUGUGUGGGGAUGAAUUGCAUGUCGAGCAAAGAUUGGACGUGCAAUCAGAGGGUGUUGGCCGAGUGGUGCUAGAAGUCGAGCCUUGUUCCAACGGUGUAUGA